UCCAAAAUCCCACAAACGACUGAAACGAGUGUGUUCCAUUUCGCUUGCGUUUUCUUCUAUUAUACUCUGCUCUUUUAAAAUUCCGCGCCAGCUUUCGGCGUUCCCUUCUCUCCCGAACUCACUGAGGCAACUCGUUGCCUCUAUCAAUGUACGUCCUUCGCCUCUAAAACCUUACUCCCCGUUUGGCUCCGAGAAAAUACAGGAAAAAAAGAAAAGAACACUUGGUUUUCUGAGUUGUUGAAUCUUCUUCUGUAAGAUUCUGAGUUCUCAUUUCCAUUACAAUUUCUAAGCAACCUAAAAACGCUCUAUCAUUUUACAUAGUGUUACUGAAAUUUUGGGUUUGAAGCGGUGCUAAUCAUUCACCAUGGGAGACUUGUCCAGGGAGGAGAUCAGCAAUACACUUCGGGUACUUGUUGCUACGGAUUGUCAUCUGGGAUACAUGGAGAAGGAUGAAAUACGGCGACAUGAUUCUUUCCAGGCAUUUGAGGAGAUAUGCUCAAUAGCAGAGCAAAAGCAGGUUGAUUUCUUACUCCUUGGAGGUGAUCUUUUUCAUGAGAAUAAGCCCUCAAGGACAACAUUAGUCAAGGCCAUUGAGAUUCUCCGACGUCAUUGCCUCAAUAAUCAGCCAGUGCAGUUCCAAGUCGUUAGUGACCAGACUGUGAAUUUCCCAAAUACAUUUGGUCAUGUAAAUUAUGAAGAUCCCCACUUCAAUGUUGGCCUGCCAGUAUUCAGUAUUCAUGGAAAUCAUGAUGACCCUGCUGGAGUGGACAACCUUUCUGCGGUGGACAUUCUCUCAGCCUGCAAUCUUGUUAACUAUUUUGGGAAAAUGGUUCUUGGGGGUUCUGGUGUCGGUCAAAUUGCUCUUCACCCUAUUCUUAUCAGAAAGGGUUCAACAGCUGUAGCUCUCUAUGGUCUUGGAAACAUUAGAGAUGAACGGCUAAAUAGAAUGUUUCAGACACCACAUGCUGUACAAUGGAUGCGGCCUGAAGCUCAAGAAGGGUGUCAAGUGUCAGAUUGGUUCAACAUUCUAGUUCUUCAUCAGAACAGAGUAAAGACCAACCCUAAAAACGCAAUAAAUGAGCAUUUUUUACCACGAUUCCUUGACUUCGUUGUGUGGGGACAUGAACAUGAAUGUCUUGUGGACCCUCAGGAAGUUCCCGGGAUGGGGUUUCACAUUACACAACCAGGUUCUUCAGUUGCAACAUCACUAAUUGAUGGAGAAUCAAAGCCGAAGCAUGUGCUUCUUUUAGAAAUUAAGGGGAACCAGUAUCGUCCAACUAAGAUACCUUUAACAACAGUGAGACCUUUUGAGUAUACAGAGAUCAUAUUGAAGGAUGAACCUGACAUUGAUCCCAAUGAUCAAAACUCAAUUCUCGAACACUUGGACGAAGUGGUCAGGAAUUUAAUUGAGAAAUCUAGUAAAAAGGCUAGUAACAGAUCAGAGCUCAAACUUCCAUUGGUCCGAAUAAAGGUAGAUUACUCUGGGUUUAUGACAAUAAAUCCUCAAAGAUUUGGGCAAAAGUAUGUGGGGAAGGUCGCAAAUCCCCAAGACAUUCUUAUCUUCUCAAAGGCUUCAAGAAAGGGUCGCAGUGAAGCUAAAAUUGAUGAUUCUGAACGGUUUCGCCCAGAAGAAUUAAAUCAGCAGAAUAUAGAGGCUUUAGUUGCUGAAAAUAAUCUGAAAAUGGAAAUCCUUCCGGUCAAUGAUUUGGCCGUUGCAUUACAAAACUUUGUUAACAAGGAUGACAAAAUGGCUUUCUAUUCUUGUUUGCGCUACAAUCUUGAAGAAACACGUAACAAAAUUGCCAAGGAUGCAGAUACUCUAAAGUUUGAAGAGGAAGACUUAAUUCUUAAAGUUGGAGAGUGCUUGGAGGAACGCGUCAAGGAAAGGUCUGCACGCCCUAAAGAUACCGCGCAAUUCACGUCCACUUCUCAGUCUCUUGGGGAGUCCAGAAGCAGAAGUACUGCCGGACUUGGAAGUGCAGUUUCUUUUAGUGAUGAUGAAGACACAACCCAGUUAUCUGGCUCAAAGUCUAGUACUAGAGGUCGGAGAGGUUCAUCUAGGUCGUCUCGUGAUGCUACUGAACUUGGUAAAAGUAAAACUUCAACAAGAGGAAGGGGUAGGGGCAGAGGUGCCAGUAACUUGAAGCAGACAACUCUUGAUGCAUCUUUAGGGUUCCGCCGUUCUGAAAGAUCUGCAUCAGUUGCUGCAACAGCUGCAGUCCAAAGUAUUGCUGAUGACGAGGAUAAUGUGGAUUCUGCUUCGAGUGAAGAAGCUGGGAAAUAUGGAAUUGAAGAAGUUGAUGACAGUGAAAAUGAUGCUGCAAGUAUACAAGGGAAAGGACGUAAAAGGGCUGCACCCAGAGGAAGAGGUAGAGGAUCUGCACAAUCCUCUAAGCGGGGAAGGAAAUCAGAUAAUACUACGAUUCAAAGAAUGCUCAUGAGCAAAGAUGAUGACGAUGACGAUGAUGAUGCAGUGAAGAGAUUAAAUAAGUCUCAACCUCGGGUGACAAGAAAUUAUGGGGCUUUAAGAAGGUAACAAUUAACAAGGUUUGGUAUCACUUCAUGAGAUACUAGUUAUCGGAAUGUUUGGUAUUGUUCACACUUAUGUGGAAGUCUUCUUCUGAUCAAUCUCGUGAAGAAUUGUAGGAUGAGCUAAAUAUUUCAGAGCAGUGGGAGCAGUUAGUUCAAUGUCUUCAAUUGAAGUGUUUAUUCGUCUUCCUGUUAUGAACCGCAAUGAAAUGCCGGUACACAUAUGAUCUGAUUUCUAGCUUACGCUUAUUAUGCCCACUGGCUUUGGUUUGUCUCUGUACAAUUUUGAGCUUGUAUAGUAAAUGAUGCUAAGGGAUAUUAUUUGUAAAAUGAGACAGUACUGAAUCUGGUUUUUUUUUUUUUUUUGGAAUAAUUGAAGUAGAGUGCAGGGUUUCUUUGGAUUGAGAGCAAAAAUUGUGAAAUGAGAGAAAAAUAUGUAGUUAGAGCAAGGUUACUUAUCAAAUGUAUUUGGAGACAGCAUGAGAACUUUUUAAUUGGGAAUCUGGUCUGAGUAAGUUGAAAUU